AUGAGCCAACAUCUCUCAAACAGCUCUGGCGACAGCAUUGAGCUUCUUUCCAUGCAAGGUCCAAACGCUUUGAACAAUAUUUUAAUCAAAAAUACAAAGUUGGUUACCAAGGUGUUUGAUAAAGAGGUGAAGACAUAUGUUGUGUGUAUUGAAGGAAGCUCAUUUCAUACGACCAAUAUUGAGAUUCCGAAAUCAAAUACUUCAUCUUUGCAAAUUAUGCACAGGUAUUUGGUGAUACAAUGCUUGAUCGGAACGAUAUUUCAAGUUGAAUUACAUAUUAGAGACAAAAAGCAAAUUAAAAAGAGAAUAAUUAUUUCAAGUAGUUUCAAGUCAAUAACCAAAACUCAACUCCAUUCCCAAAUUCCUCUGCCAGAAAAUAUUAUCUCGGGAGAAUGGAUGAAUUUAUGUCUUGAUUUGUUGGAACUAGUUGAGAUUUCGUUUAAUGAUAAAGAAGAAUAUUAUUGUUUGGAUAGGUUAUGCAUCGGACCAACAUGUACAAUAAGAAAAGUAUUCACUUUAAAACAUAACCCGGACACUGAGGUUUUAAUACCAAAAAAGCUGGCAUUUUCUCAUACAGGAGACAAUAAUGUUUGCAUUAUUGAUUCGUCGUCCUACCUUUCCGAGGAGGAAAUUUCAAUAUUGAAGAAAAAACAAACCACUAUUCCAGAAAAACCUCCUUCAGCUAAGGAUAAAAAACCACAGAUAGCAUUUGGGAGAAGAAUUGUUAGACCCACCACAGGAUUACCAGAGCAUUCAAUUUUGCAAGAAAAUUCAGUACUUCUUGAGGCAAAACCUCACACUGCAGGACCAAGAAUUGGUCCAAAUAUUCACAAACCAUCAACUUCCGCAACAAACAAAACAGGACCUAUCAUUAGGCAAAGAAAAUCUCAACCACCCCAACCGGAAAAACAGAAGAGCAACAACAUUUUGAUCAUCUCAACGACCAAAAAAAACAACGAUACCUCAAUUUCGAGAUAUAGUGAAGACGACGAACAAGAGACUGAGGAUGUCGAUGAGUCACAUAAUUCCAUAGAGGAAUUACGGAUAUUGAAGAAACCUCCAAGAGAAGAAUAUAACCCAAAUCACUACCAAAUUGAUACUACUAACGACGAAUUGCUGGUGUUUAACGAGCAAGAUAUGGAACCCCUGAAUCAGGAACCCUUAAUAGGGCUUACCAGUUCAAGGAAGAAAUUUAUGUUAAUGGGAAGCAGUAUUUCGGACAUGGACAAAAGCCUGACGUCUGUGAGGAGCUCCAAGUCGUCGUUGAGCACUGAUUCCUUACCAGUUCCUCAAAAACAAGCUCCAACGGAAAUCCCUCAAGAGGAGGACCUUGAUUUUGGAGAGCCCCAAUUUAGUGAUAAUGAAGAAGACAGCAAUGAAGAAAGCCAUCAUGGUAAUGACGUUCUGGGAUUUGGAACAAUUCAUACUUUUAGCAGCUACAAAUUUAAGGAGGAAAGAAAAUACAAUCCAGCGUUGUUUGAAGAUGAUGACCUUGUGCUAUUAGAAGGUAAUCAAAGCAUGAAUUGUAAAACCGCUCAUGAUUCUUUGAUUGAGAAGCAUACGGUACUUGAAAGUUCUGACACGAUACUUAGCUCACCAACUCCAAAUCGAUUGUGUCCAGCGAAUGUGGGAAUGGACGAGUAUAUUGAAGAAUUGAACUCUAGGAGGAUGUUCAGCAAUUUUGAAGAAGACAGUGAAGAAAACAGUAAUUUAGUUGAAAGCUUUGAGAAUUAA